GCUCGCGCACCACAACUCACAACAGGUAUUCGGCUUUUCGACGGCUCUCACUUCACCGUGAAUAAUUCGCCCCUGCAGAUAUUUUUACAAUGUAGUCUUGCGUCGGCUUAGAAGCCUUAUAAGCGCCACUAAGAUGUUGGCUCUCGUUGAUGAAGCUAUCAAUUCACUAGAAGAUCAAUUUGGAUCAGGUUCAAACCAGAUGUCACUAGAUGCUCAGCAACGCAUUGUGGGAUAGUUUUUCCCGGCUAUGCUAAGAAGCAGAGAUCAGAACGCUAAUGGGGUGACACAGGGAGGAGUGAGGAAAAUAUCCGCGUCCAGAAAAUUUCACGAGAGUCGUAAGAUCGAGCCAACGGAUAACCCUCGAAUGGCGAACAGGCAUCUUAACGGGAACGCUAAACAUGACAUGCUGAACGGCCAGGUGCAGAAAAGAUCUACAACUUCUUUGGACCCACAUAGUUUCGUCGAAGCCGCGACGUUGCUUGGUAGUGUGGGGUCUCUCAAGGCAGCUGAGACAACUGAAAGAGUUCGACGAGGGAGCACAUCGUACGAAGAGGAUGUGUACAAAGGCCACCCUUUCCCGUUUGAGAAUUUGGUGUUUGAAGGCGGUGGAAAUAAAGGAAUGGCUUAUGUUGGGGCUCUGCAGGUGCUAGAAAAUGCCGGAAUCAUGAAGAAUGUUAAACGUGUAGCUGGAGCAAGUGCUGGGGCAAUCAUUGCAACUCUUAUAGCUCUUGGCUAUGACUCCAGUGAGUUAAGGGAAUUUCUGGAACAAGAUCUUCGCAGGAUCUUAGUUGAUCACACUUGUGGAUAUUGCAGUCUUCUUCCAAACUUACUGAAAGGUUUUGGUUGGAAUCCUGGCAAGAGAAUGUUACGAUGGUUUGGUGAACAACUUAAAGAGAGAACUGGCGAUGGGGACAUCACUUUUAAGGAAGUGUGGGAAAGAUUUGGCAAGGAGCUUUGCAUAGUUGUUACGAAUCUAAAUCAGAUGUCAGUGGAAUAUUUUCACCCAAAGACCACGCCAAAUACACCAAUCAGAAGAGCUGUCAGAAUGUCAGUUGCACUUCCAGGAGUGUUCCAGUGUGUUCGUGAAAUAAACAAUGAUUAUGAAGACGUCUAUGUUGAUGGAGGACUUCUGUGUAACUACCCAAUCCAUGCAUUUGAUGGUUGGUGGCUUUCCAUGGACCCUAAAGACACUUUUUUCAAGAAGCUUCAACCUCUGGAGGAUUUUGCAAAACUCUUUGAAAAGUCCGAGAGGUUUGGGAGUUGGAACCAGAAAACAUUAGGAAUAGUCCUGUAUUCUCAUACAGAGACCGAGUUGAUGAAGACAUUGCUCACAGAGCGAGAAGGAAACAAGCCUCCGAAACCACCUGUCACCAAACUUGCGAAGCAAAGGCUGAAAUUACAGCAUCAACAGGCCAUUAUGCACCAGGAACACGCCACAAUGGUCAAAGCUGUUGGCAGAUUCAUGGCGGAAUUACAAAGAAACAAUUUAGACGAAGACAGCAUUAUCAAUUUAAAGGAACUGAGAGGAGUCUUCAAGAACCCUUUGGAGUUCACCAGAGAAGAUGCAGAGUUGUUAUUUGGAACAGACGCCGAUUACAAAGCCGCCUUUGAAGAACUGGACACGGACGAAGACGGCGAGAUCACUUUUCAAGAAUUAAUGGCAUUUAUCGAAAAAAAGGGAGUAAAUCUACAAACAAGAUUCUUGGGUUAUGCUAGAAAGGAUAUCAAACACUUAGGAGAGUUUAUACAGACGUUGCAGACUGCGUUAUCAGUGAAUGUGAAAAGAGUCUAUGUAGAGAAAAAAGACGUGGAAAGAACUAUUGGUAUCGACACGGACUACAUCGAGACGAACGACUUUAACCUAGAACAAGCUGACAAAUGGUUCCUCAUCGAAUCUGGUAGAAGAGCAACGAAAGCGUUUCUGAGGGAGUACACACUACGCGGUGUUAGGGAGAAAGAGAAGCAGAACAUUCGAAGAAUUUCUAACCAAAAAUCCAGCGUCACAGUGCAGGUCAGAUGCGCUAAUGAUUCACCGGACACACAUGACAAGCCACGUGAUCGUACAGACUCAACAAAUUCAACCAUCGACAAACAACGACGGUCGGUGUCUUCGGUAGCAUCUUUAGAGACGAACUUUACCACGGAGGGUGCUCGAAAAGGCUCGGGUGUUCGGUUACCUCCGCUGUCACACGAGAAGGGGGGGCGAUCGUGGGUAAACCCUCCUUCGAGUGAAAGAUUAGGAUCUGGUGAUAGCGUAACUAGCACGCGAAAAGUUGACGUGGACGUGGGACGAAGUCCGAGGAUCGGCGGCCGAGUUACAGCCAAAGUCGGUGAUUUAAGUGGUAGUUAGUUUUAUUUAUUGCGUUUUAAAGGCUGUUUGACCAAGUUGAGGAACAGCUUCGGUAAACGUUUAUGACGCGAUCGUAGUUUCGCCGCAUUGGCGACGCAGGUAAAUAAGGUGUUACAAAGAAAAUUCAAUAUUCUUCUUUGCAUCAACGAUUUUUCAUGCAAUGUUUGCUGCAAUUUAUGCAGCGAAUUUACAUUUAGAAGUCACUCCUACAAGUAAGUUAGAGGUUUUUUAUUCAACAUAUGCAGCUUUGCCUCUGAAAGUUAUGGAGGAGUGAAAUGCGUCACAUCACAGGCAGCCCAAGCUCUAGCUCUGAGAUAAUCAUCUUGCGAAAUAAGAUUCAUGGCGAAAUUAUAAGAAUGUGUAUGGGAAUAUUUACGACUCCUCUUACGAAUUAAAAAAAUACAGUCCAUUUCUCAAUAAAAAUACCUGACCUUCUACAGUGCAUCGCUUGUUAUCUGACCGCUUACCAUGAUGAAGAGGACCCAGGUUAGCGAGUUAUCCAUUUCUAAGUUUAUUACGUACAUAAGAGAAGCUUCUCUUAUGAAAGUGAUAGGAUUUUUUUAUUCCUAAGAGCGGUCGUAAAUAUUCCCAGUAUUCCCAAUAUUCCCAUACAAACUCUAAUAAAUUCGCUGACUCUUAUUUCGCAAAAUGAUCAUCUCACAGCGGGAGCUUGGGCCGCCUGUGGUCACACGAGACCCUCCAAUUACAUAAUAUCAGUUCAAUCAGUCGGCACCUAAAUGAUUAUCACUGCGAAAACAACAUCUCUGUUUUCAGAGGGGUGGGGUGGAGUUUAGAAGAGGUUGAUGUAAAUUUUGUUUAUUUUAUAUGUAAACAUACAACGUCAAUAUAAUAUGUACAGGUGUAGAGUCGGUAGAGCAGUUACUACAGUUGUUAUGAAGGAAAGUUACCGUAGGUUCGUUUUCGGGAUCUCUUCUCGUCUCACUCAUCCCAACCCCUCUCUUCAUUCCUAUCGGAUAACAUUGGGAGACAGGGAGAGAUCCUGGUGACCAGGUUACGUUGAUGAUGGCUUCUGUGUGGCUGGGGGGUGGGGGGAGGUCGAAUUCUCUUAAAGCGAGUGAGAGAGGGUAAGUGAGGGUAUACAUAGACUUGUCUUUAGAUCGUCAUUAAAAAACUAGUUUAGGCCUGUUUAAAAAGUAAAAUGUGUUGAAAUGAAUUAUUUGGUUAUGCUGUAACAAAUUGGCAUUGUUUGGUCGUUAAUGCCCUGAUCAAGGCGAAGCUUCAACAUCUUACCGCGGGCAAUCAACAUGCAUUUGACUGUCAUCCGUACUUGGAAAUAACGAAUUUGGAUCUUGCCUGGGAGAGGUGGGGAAUUGUGAACUGAAAUUGUCAAGUUUUUUUGGCUGAAUGCACGUGUUUUAUCAUUAAACGUGGAAGUGUUUAAGGUAAAAUGUACACUUUGGCAAUCGAGUGGCUCAGAAGAAAAGGUCUGCAAGGUCUGAUCUUCCUUUUAGAUUAAAGUUUGACCAUCAAAUCCAGCAUUUGGGUGUGGCAUUUAAACACAAGCUGCUCGAAAGGAUGUUGAAGAUUCGAAUUGACGCAUAAACUGUAUUUACACUUAAGUCACUCGUGUAUUUGGUGUUUUUGUCACACACUGAUGAGGGUUACAUAUUUUGUUAAAUUUAUUUGUACGUCUGGGUCAGCAAGAUUGUGGAAGUAGAAAGUGGUGUUUUAAAGUUAAACUGCAAAAUGACUUGUUACCACAAUAACGACCUAACUUCAGGUUCGUUAUUUUUAAAGCUUGAACGCUGUGAGCCCUUUCCGACCUCCUUCAAGGAAGGUGCAAAUUCGAGUCUCUCUCCUGGAAAUAAUGUGACUUGCAACUUUGACUUGCAUUCGGAAUUGUUCGGGACUCGUCGUACUCUAAUCUAAAAACAUUGGAUCAGGUCGGGCUUUCAAUUAUCGUCAGUCGGCUGUGUUACGGUUUGAUUUAAGUUGUAAACAUGCAGGCAUUGAGCUGAAUGGAAUUCUGGGACAGAAAAAAGUUUGUCACCAAGCUACCAGGAUGUGAACAGCAAACGAUCUUAAAAUUAUUCAAAUAUAUAAUGUUAUUUAAAAUCAGGUAAAAAAUUGAUUUGUAAAUGGAUUAUCUUUUUCAAUUAUAUGAUCAUUUAUUAUUUCACAUGUUCUUUUUGACGUAUUG